GGAGGGAGGAACGGAUACAUGCGGAACCUUCAAGAGGACAAUUUUCUGUCCGAAUUAACGUUAGUGGCGUUUUAAUGCUAUGCCUUUGCUUUCUGUGGUCUCAAAAAAUAUUUUAUCCCGUCAAAUAUUUUAUUCAAUUUCCGACCGUCUUUGAAUGUAGCAUGUAAUGCCUGGACUGAAUGGAGACGGAGGAGGAGAUGAAUAGACGAGGCCCCGCCCCCUGCGCGUGAAGUCCAGCGGCGUACCUGAUUCAGUCAGGUAUACCAACGAUACCUCAGCUCGACCAUCUCUACACCGCUCCCCAGGAGUCUACGGCAACGUCAGAGCCAAGAUGGGGCGGAAGGAGAUCAUCUGCAGCUGGAAGAAAAGCACCAGUAACAUCAAGGAUUUGUUUAAAUUCGAGGGGAAAAUGGGAUCGGGGUCUUUUUCAGAGGUGUUCAUGGUGAGAGAGAAGGCAACAGGAAAACUUUACGCCCUGAAAUGUUUGAAGAAAAAAUACCUCGCUCAUAGCAACCUUGAAAAUGAAAUUAAUGUACUGAGAAGGAUACAGCAUGAAAACGUGGUGGGACUGGAGGAUUUCUACGAGAGUCGAACACACUAUUACUUGGUCAUGCAACUGGUGUCAGGUGGGGAACUGUUUGAUCGCAUUUUAGACAAAGGGGUUUACACUGAGAAGGACGCCAGCACAGUGAUCAAACAGGUGCUGCAGGCUGUCAGCUACUUGCACGAAAACAGCAUUGUGCACAGGGACCUUAAGCCUGAGAAUCUGUUGUACUACAACACAGAUGAGAAUGCUAAGAUCAUGGUCAGUGACUUUGGUCUGUCUAAGACGGUGGAGCAUGGUGUGAUGUCCACAGCCUGCGGUACGCCAGGAUAUGUUGCCCCUGAAGUUUUGGCCCAGAAACCCUACAGCAAAGCAGUUGACUGCUGGUCCAUUGGAGUCAUCACUUACAUCCUGCUCUGCGGCUACCCUCCAUUCUUUGACGAGAGCGAGACUCGUCUCUUUUCAAAGAUCAUGAGAGCUGAGUACGCCUUUCAUUCACCUUUCUGGGACGACAUCUCUGAAUCAGCCAAAGAUUUCAUCAGGAAUAUGAUGGAGAAAAACCCCAAGAAACGCUUCCUCACUGAGCAGGCACUCAGACACCCAUGGAUUGCUGGAAACACAGCCAAAGAUGUGGACAUUUAUCACUCUGUCUGUGAACAGAUGGAGAGAAACUUUGCCAAAUCUAAAUGGAAGCAAGCCUUCAACGCAGCCUCAAUAAUCAGCCACAUGAAGAAAUCCCUCACUGAUCCCUCACACCUCACAGUGCCCGACAUCAUAGUACAGAAUGACGUGGAGACGCUUGGACCCUGCCACCAUGAGGCCGAUGCCCUCGACCCAAACGGGAAUCCUGUUCAUGCAGCAAAUCAUCUAUCCUGCAGUAAUCCUGAGUCGAGCAGAGGUCUCUGUCCACCACUGAGAGCCUGUCACAGUGAGCCUGGGAAUGCCCUCACUGUUGAUGAAUCAGGAGAAGUCAAUAACUUUCUUUCAGAGAUCGAUGCUCCUUUCAGGCCGUCCAAAAGCAUGGAUGCUGUAUCUCACAGGACGGACCAGUCGCUUCAGUCUGGAGUGUGUUCUGUCAUGUGAUUGGCUGGCCAAACCUGAGAUGAAUCUCAUGCAGUUCGUUUCUUGAGUUGACAGCACUCAGUGGCAUUCCACUUGAUAUGAAGGUGUGGACACAUCUGCUGCUCAGCUGCCUCAUGUCUGCUGUGGUCCUCCUGUGCAAAACACAUGUUCCAUUGACAGACACAUGCAGUAUCUGCACCAUAGAAACAGUUUAACAUGGACACCAUAUUAAAACAGGCACAAGUAGAGAUUCAUCAUUUAAGAAUUCAUACAAAUAAUGUUAUGCUUAUGGCAUUUAUUUAUUUAUGUCUUGAAUAGAUUUAGGUGGCAUAUGCAAUGUUAAAACUUAUUAAUGUUUUUUUUCUUAGUCCUAUUUGACGGAUAUGGCUGUCCUAUAAAUUCCUAUGGCUUACAUGUUUUUAUAAAGCUGGUAAGCUUUUUAAGACUCUGAAACUUCAGAGUCAUAUCACUUGAAUGCUCUGUGUUUUUAUAAGGUAUACUCACUGUUGGACACUAACAAAAUCUGGGAACGUACUUUUAACCGUAGUGACUGGACUGUUUAACCUUGCAGACAGAUUUUUGGACGUGUUCAUAGAUUUCCAUUUCUGCUGAGUUACAUUGGUGAAUUAUAAAGAUUGUGGAUGUUUCUUUUAUUUAUGAGAUUAUAUUUUAUUUUGAUGUGAACACAGCAACCAGGUGUUUGCUGUGUUUUCUGCUAUGUACAUAAACUGCUUUCUUGUUAAACAACUGAACUCAUUAAGUGCCACAAUAUGGUGUAAAGAUGCUGUCAACAGUAGAGGUGUCUU